AUGUCGUACGGAUCUAAAGCUGCUGGCCGCUUAGCUGGCAAAACUAUCUUGAUCACUGGUGCCUCCGCUGGUAUUGGUGAAGCUACCGCCAUUGAAUAUGCUUCUGCUGCCAAAGGUGAAUUGAAGUUGAUUUUGACUGCCAGAAGACUUGAAAAAUUGGACAGUGUGAAGUCCAAAUUGGAAGCUGAAUUCCCAAAUAUCAAGGUUUUGACCGUAAAGUUGGACGUUUCUGACUUAAGUGCCAUUGAAAAGUUUUUCAAGGAAUUGCCAGAAGAAUUCUCAGACGUUGAUGUUCUUAUCAACAAUGCUGGUCUUGCUAGAGGUGUCGCUAAAGUUGGUGAAAUUUCUCAAGAUGAUAUUGAUUCCAUGUUCAACACCAACGUUAGAGGUAACAUUGCUAUGGUUCAACACCUUUUGCCAUUGUUUAAGAAGAAGAAUUCUGGUGAUAUUGUCCAAUUAGGUUCUGUUGCCGGCCGUGAACCAUAUCCUGGUGGAUCUAUCUACUGCGCUACAAAGCACGCACUCAGAGCUUUUACUUCUGCUUUGAGAAAAGAGUUGAUCAACACCAAAAUCAGAAUUAUUGAAAUACAACCAGGUAAUGUUGAAACUGAAUUCUCUGAUGUCAGAUUCUACGGUGACAAGGAUGCUGCUAAGAAGGUUUACCAAGGUACUGAACCUUUGUACGCUGACGAUAUUGCUGAAUUGAUUGUUUUCUACACCUCCAGAAAGCAAAACACUGUGGUUGCAGAAUCUUUGGUUUUCGCCACUAACCAAGCCUCCCCAUUCCACAUCUACCGUAACUCCAACUAA